AUGGCGACACCAUCGGCGAAACCUGGCGCGACGCCAACGCAUCUCACCACCUCUCCUCACCCCUCCUCUGCGCCUCUCUCCCGAUCAAUCGCUCAUAAAUCCCCUUCUGCAAGAACCCCGUCAGUCUCAGGACCUGGGCAUGGACAUCAGAUCAGUGCAUCUUCGUCCCACCAGUACGCGACACCCCUUGCUGUAUCGAAUGCUGUCGACGAUCCCGUCAAUUUCAGCUCUCCGUCUGCACUCUUUGCGCUCGGCGGUUACACAGGAAUUAGUCCGUCACCAGCAGUCCACGAUGCACUUGUAGGCUCUGGCAUGAAUGAGCAUGAUAUUCAAAAUCUAGGCAUGUCGGGACUUAAGCUUGGAGUGGGUCGUCACGGCGAUGAGGAACAAAAACUCCGAAUCAAAGAGGUUGUGCAGAGUCUCCUUACACACGUCGCGGGUCGGGGAGUCUCUAGAGAAGCACUUGAGCGAUUAAGCCGACUGGAGGGGUUUGAGUCUAUCUGGCAGGAUAAUGACAUCAAUAUUGCGGGCAAUUUCGUUGAUCUUGAAAUCGAGUUUCAUGCUGGUCAUGACGUUGUGAAAGAUGUCAGUCUGCGAUAUGCUACACCCGAGUACACCGAAGGAGAACGACGAGAGGAGGCAACUGCGGUCUUGAAGCGCAACCUUGCACAGUCGCCCCAGGACAGCGAGUCUGGAAAAUGGAAACCCCUUAAAGGCUUCCACGAGAACUUGCAAUGGCUCGCCAAAUUAGAUAAGCUUAGCCAAGAAGUGAAUUGCUUCGAGGCACUGGAGGGGCUCGAGGAGAACCUCAAGCGAAUCUGGGUGGAAGAAGGAAAGAUUGGGAAAUACGGUGGUGAUUAUGAACAUCUUUGUUCUGGAAUCAUUGGCCGCCCAAGCAUGCACAAAGGAUCCCGAAUUGGCCUGGGCUUGGAAUUCUGGGUGGACCAGGCUAAGGUCUUGGAUCUCAAGCAAGGCAAAAAGUCGCCAGAUGCCAUGGCGAUUGACGGAGAAGCAAUCGAGCUUGAGGACCAAGAGCGAAUAUGGAGCGCAAUGAUUGAGUGUGAAGAGGGAUACCCGUCUCUUCGUAUCUCCAAAGAGUGGGUAGGGAACGAGGCAUUCAAUGCUAUCGAAAAGACCGAUCCAUCAUCAUCAUUCGAGCCUGCGGGUUCUGUCAGCUGGCUUGAUCCUCCGCAAACCAUGCGUCUGUCGCAUGGAAACCACCCUGAUCCGAUGGCUUUAGACUCGAGCAUGUUAGAGUCAUCACCACCCAAUCGCCGUUUUGUUGCAAAGUUAGAGCCUCCACUCGAUAUUCCAACCCUUGCAGCGUCUGAUAUUUAUCGCCAUCUCGGAAUGUCAUUACCGCAAGAGUUUAAAAUGUUUACAUACGAUGGUUUGCUUGUUUCCGACCCUGCAACGGCUGAAGUAUCGCCCCAAUCUAGUCGAAGGAAGCGACGGAUGUCUGUGCAUGCCGUUGAUCCAAGUGGGACAUCCUACAGCGAGCAUCAUAACUAUACCUUCCAAGCCUUUGAGUCGUUCGCCGGCCGCACGAUUCGAGAUUUACCAUUCUCACAUCCCCGGCAAUUGGCCGAUAUCUUUCCGAGACUCCGACAAUACGCUUUGCUUGCAAGCUUAAUUCGAAAAGUCUUCCAAGGCUCUGCCCAACAAAACGAGGGCAAUACGAUGUCUCCGUCGAGGACAACGACAACGACAACGACAACACCAUCCUCCACAUUUGACCAACUGUCGAGUCUCUUCAACAGCCAAGGGGUGAUUACCCUCAGUAACGAUGAUCCUAAUGAAUCCAAGCUCAACAUGCUGCUCGGUAAUGGCUUUUCGACUUCUGACGCUGCCAGCGAUGUAUUCAGUGACAUCAAGGAUAACAAGCAAUCAUUCAUGGAGGAGGUUAAGGUAGAUGUGACAUUAAGGACUCUACUAGGACAAGCACCAUCACUCAUGCUACUGAUUACGGAUCCUGGGAAAAGUGCCGGCAGCGUUGAGAAGUAUAUGCGCGAACCAGUACAAGUCUCACUCUGUUUCGAGAUUGGCCUCAACGGUCGCAUUUCAGUAUUGAACAGUUCGGGUCUUUUGAAAGAGACGAAUCAUGAUAACACAGAUACCGAGAUGCAAGGAACAGACAGCGACAAACCAAACUUGCAGGACAUCCACAAAAAGAUCGCCAGGGUCAUCGAGACUUCGCAUGACUUAGGGACCCUGGUCGAGUGGGUGCUGCGCUCGGUGCCUGAUCGCUUGGCUACUACCUAG